CGUCACGUGAUGCGGCCUGUCGGGCUCCCAAGAUGGCGGUUUGCGUAGCGGUGAUCGCCAAGGAGAAUUACCCUCUUUACAUCCGCAGUGUCCCCACGGAGAACGAGCUCAAGUUUCACUACAUGGUGCACACGUCCCUGGACGUGGUGGACGAGAAGAUCUCAGCAAUGGGGAAGGCCCUGGUGGACCAGAGGGAGCUUUACCUGGGCCUGCUGUACCCCACAGAGGACUACAAGGUUUACGGCUACGUGACCAACUCCAAGGUGAAGUUUGUCAUGGUGGUGGAUUCCUCCAACACGGCGCUCAGAGACAACGAGAUUCGCAGUAUGUUCCGGAAGCUGCACAACUCCUACACAGACGUGAUGUGCAACCCCUUCUAUAACCCGGGGGACCGCAUUCAGUCCAGGGCCUUUGAUGGCAUGGUGACGUCCAUGAUGAUACAGGCCAGACAGCCAAGAGGAUCCUGCGUGUCUUGGCUUUCUCUGGGUAUAGCUGAGAAAGUGUGGGUCAGAGCCCUGGACACCCACAUGGGCUGCUUGGGCCUGAAAUCCACAGGAAAGGAGGGACUCAAGGGCCCACUCUCCUCGCAGUGGCCACGCAGAAGGGAUUAAGAAGAUACAUCUGAAAAGGGACCAAUUCCUUGGGAUAGAAGCCUGUCUGCAGGUCCUUCCACAAAAGCAAAAUGCACAAUGAAUGCGUCAAGACCAAAGCACAGCCUCGCCAAGGAGGAGACUGGCACAAGGUACGGCGCGGCAGGAGCUGGUGCUUCAUAAAGUUCAGCUCCAGGAACUACGUCUGGGAGGCCUCCCUCUCCUGCAGCCCCCAACUGCACAUGAUCCAGGCCUGGCUCGGCCCUGAGCCACCCAGCAGCCUUGGCAAGGUCCCUGCCACUCAGCCCCUCCUACCCACAUUCUCCAGGGGCCAGUGGUGGUGCGUGUGUGUGCGCGCGCGCGUGCACGUGUGCACAUGAAAACAGAAAUCUAUUCUCUCACGUUUCUGGAGGCCAGAGUCAGAAAUGAAGGUGAUGGCAGGGCCGGUUCCUUCUGCAGGCUCUGAGGGAGGGUCCUUUCGGCCUCUCCAGCUUCUGACGGCUGCCAGCGACUGCUGGAGCUCCUUGGCGUACGGACGCAUCACCGCAACCUCUGCCUCUGUCUCCACGUCACGUUCUCCGUGUGCCGGUGUGUCUCGUACCCAGUGUGUGUCACUGGGUUUAGGGCCACCCAGGUGAUCCAGGGAGAUCUCCAGGUCGUUAGCUUAAUCACAUGUGCAAAAACCCCUUUUCCAAAUAAGAUCACAUCCACAGGUACUGGAGAUUAGGAUGUGGACAUAUUUUGGGGGGGAUUUCGUUCACCCCACCACAGGGCCAGUGCUGACCCCAGAUCACAAGCGGAGUGUGAACCUGGCCAGAUGGACACGCGGAUGGAGAGCACAGGCGCGCCCUCCCGAGAAAACACUGGUGCUGGAGAGGGGACACUGGGGACUGGGGACCAUCCACCUGUGGAUAGCUUAAGGACCUGAUAGUCAAAAAAGUACAAGGUGGGCUUCCCUGGUGGCGCAGUGGUUGAGAGUCCGCCUGCCGAUGCAGGGGACACGGGUUCGUGCCCUGGUUUAGGAAGAUCCCAAAUGCCGCGGAGCG